CUAGCAUUCGUUCCCUUCUCCCCUUCGUUUAAACCCUAACCAUUGUGUCUCCUUAUCUGGCGAUCGAGAUGGCCCGGAAGAAGGUGUCUCCGGCGACGGCGUUGGCGACGGAGGCGGUGGAGAAGAAGGAGGUGUUGUCGCAUCCACCACCUCCGUCGGGCCGAGACCUCUUGCCGGACAAGAUGGAGAGCCUCAAGACCCUCAACAACCUCCUCAUCAAGGAGACGGUGGAGCGGCGGCAGCAGGUGGACCAUCUCCAGUGCCGCCUCGAUGGCCUCGCCAACGACCACGCCUUCCUCGCCCGCGUCGAGCGCGACGUCAGCCGCCUCGUCCUCUCCUCCGUCCUCGCGGAGCGGCAGCUCGCGGCGGGGCGGGUGGAGACGGACCUCCGGUCCCUGCAGGCGAGGGUGGACUCCACGGCGGAAGAGCUGAGGAGCGGCGGCGAGCGGUUGGAGAUGGUGGUCGGAGAGAGGGAUGAGGUCAAGAAGGCUCUUGAUCGUGCCCUCUUGGAGAAAGAUUUGAACUCGAUGCAUCUUGAUCAGAAGGAGAAGGAGGUGAGGGGUCUGGAAGCCAAAGUCCGGGAGCUGGAGAUUGGUAUCGCUGAGAUCGGAGCAAAUGUUGGGAAAUUAGAGACGGAGCGCAAUGAACUUGUGGAACAGGGUAAGAAGAGGGAAGAACUCAUCCAUUCUCUUCUCCAGGAGAAGGCUUCCAUGGAAGCCAGCCUCGACGAAUACAAACAAUUGGUGGAGAGUGGUGAGAGGAGGAUGGAAGAAGUGAUCAAGAUUAAGCAAGAAGAGGCGGAGUCGGUAAAGGCCAAGAGGGAGGCUAUUGCUGCGAAGGUAACAUCUUUGGAAGCAGAGCAUCGGAGCCUGGUCGAGAACAACCAAAGCUUGGAAUCUGAGGUUGGUUGUUUGAAGGCUGUCAUAUUUUUGCUGAAGAAGGAAGAGGAAGGGCUGCGGAAUGAGAUUGCCGAGAUGGAAAAGGGGAUUGCGAAGGUCACAGAGGAGCUGCUGUCUGAAAUUGUCAAGAAGGAGGCUCUUGUUGCAUGGGUAUCGAAUUUGGAACCUGAUCUCCAGAGCCUUUCCGAGAACAACCAUAGGCUGGAAGCUGAGGUUAAUUGCUCCAAGUCUGCUUUUGAAUUGCUGAAGAAGGAAGAGAAAGGGCUGCUGUCUGAAGUUGCGGAGAUGGAGAAGAAGCAUGAAAAGGUUACAGAGGAGCUCGAGAGGCUUCAGGCAGAGUUGGGUGCUCUGGAGAACGAGAAGGAAGAAAUUUUCCUCUACUAUGAGGAACGAGUGAUGUCAUCUGAAAAGGAGUUGGAUACUUCGAGGACAUGGAUGAGGGAGAUUGAGAGGGAGAAGGUUGCAAUUGAAGGAGUGAGGGCUGCGCAGGAGACUGAAAUUAAUAAUUUACAGAAAGAGUUGCAACAGCUCCGAUCAACCAUUUACAAGCUGCAAGUUAUGUGCAACGACCACACCGACACAAACUUUCAAUUGCAAGCUGAGAGGGACUCUGCUUGGAGAGACCUAGAUCUUCAGAAGGUGGAAGAGGAUUGCCUGAGAGUGCAAACUGAGGAGCUAAAGAAGAGGAAUAAUGAGGCUGCAGAAGAGAUGCAGCAGGUUCAGAGGGCACUCAAUGACUUUGCUCUGAAGGAGGAGGGAUGGAAGGUGCAAUCUGAUGUCCUGAAGGAGGAAAACACUUCGUUCGAGAAGAAACUGAUGACUGCUCAGCAGAGCCUUGAGGGUAUGGAGAGAAAGAUCGAAGCUGCCGAUAUGAGCUCUAAAAGGGUUCUAUCCCUUCUGAAGAAUACCACAGAGAUGAUGCAUGGAUCAGUUGAAGUCAGAGAGGUCGGUGUUGCGAGGGACAUUGGGAGUGAGGAAGAGAAGGAUGAGGAGAUGCAACCAUUUGUGAAAGAGUUGGAGACCAUCAAGAUGGCUUAUAAGAGUUGGGUGGGGAAGAUUGAGGACAUGAAUAGGGAGCUUGUGGUUUUGCAGCAUGUCGUGACCAAGACUCAGAAGGCAGGACUCUGGAAAUGGCUGUAUCCUGCUAUAACCACCGUUUUUGCUGCCAUCUCCUUUGCCUAUGCCGUCAGGGGGCGUUAACUUUUUAUCAGUUCAAGCUCUUGCAGUGUUGGAAUCAUACUCUCAUCUGCAUGUUUCGUUGAAAAGGUGACAAGAAAACUUUUGAGUUGCUUUGUUUUGGUAAUCACUCCAAUGUAAGACUUCAGUGCUUUGAUCUGCAAGGAGCUGGAUUCCUAUCCAUCCUAUCCAUCUUUUUCUAUGAUGCCCA